UGUCGGUGGCUGGUGCUACAGGCGUCAGUCACACUGACAAUUAACACCCAAAAUAAAAACAAAGUAUCUUUUUGACAAAAUCAUCAAAAAGAAACUCGCAGAUUGGUGAAGUCCUUGUCUCCUUUUCUUUCUUCUUUUGCAUUUUCCUAACCAUUCCACUAAUUCCCCUCAAUUUCCGUGAAACUCUUCAAAACCCAUUUGGAGAGAGAGAGAGAGAGAGGCGGAGAGUGUAAGAAGAAGAAGAAAAUGGGCGUGGAUUUGAGACAAAUUGUGGCUGCAAUCCUCACCAUCACCAUGUUUGUAAUGCUCGGACAAAUGCUUCACAGAGACUACUUUGAUGCUGUUCAGGAAAAAGUUGAAGGAGAUGCACAUGAUAUUGAGUUCCAUGGACCAAAAGUAGCUGUUGUGGAAGGGAUUAAAGGACCUUGGAUGCAUGAUAGCCAUGACCUUAAACCUUGUUGGUCAAUCUCUUCAUCUGAUGAAGCGGUAUCGUCAAAGGGUUAUGUUACAUUCUCCUUAACUAAUGGUCCUGAAUACCAUAUCUCUCAGAUUACUGAUGCUGUGAUGGUGGCGAAGCAUCUUGGAGCAACUCUUGUGCUUCCUGACAUAAGAGGAAGCAAACCUGGUGAUGAAAUGAACUUUGAAGACAUCUAUGAUGUAGAUAAAUUCGUUAAAAGCCUGGAAAGCGUUGUCAAGGUUGUGAAGAAACUGCCAAGCCACGUUUCUCUAAGAGACAUCGCCAUCGUUAAGGUCCCCACUCGAGUUGCAGAAGACUACAUCAAGGAGCAUAUCGAUCCCAUCUUCAAAUCAAAAGGGAACAUUAGAGUCACAACCUACUUCCCUUCUGUGAACUUGAGGAAGACUUCGCUGGAUGGCGAGACAGAUCCUGUUUCUUGUUUGGCCAUGUUCGGCUCCUUGGAGUUGCAGCCAGGAGUGAGUGACCUGGUGGAGUCGAUGAUUCAGCGGCUGAAGAAAUCCGGUGGCCGUUUCGUAGCCAUAGACUUGAGAGUUGAGGUACUUGAGAAGAAGAAUUGCCGUGAAACAGGUGCGGUGGGAUCCAAAACCUGUUACAACGCACAAGAGAUCGCUUUGUUCUUGAGGAAGCUUGGGUUUGAGAGUGAUACAACUAUAUACCUGACUCAGCCUAGAUGGGAGAGUAGCCUCAAUAUACUUAAGGACAUUUUCCCCAAAACGUUUACUAAGGAGGCGAUAAUGCCAGCAAGCAAGAAGUCGAAGUAUCUUGAGUUAGAAAACUCAGAGUACGAGAAUGUUAUUGACUUCUACAUAAGUUCGAGGAGUGAUGUAUUUGUGCCAGCCAUUCCUGGUCUGUUUUACGCUAAUACAGUUGGGAAAAGGAUAGCUUUAGGCAAGCCUCAGGUUCUUGUUCCUGCGGAGAUCUCAGGAACGUCUGGUCUUUCUACUGAUUACAUCUCUCCCUAUAUCUCAAAGAAGAACCACUUGGCGUAUUCAUGCUUUUGCUGAACUUCUCUGUGAAGGGAAACAGCGAGUGAUCUUGAAAGUACAUGAAAGGGUAUAGCUCACCAAAAGUGUAAGCCAUCUAGUUACCAGGGGAUUUUUCAGGUUGUUUAUUAACAAAGUUUAGCUCUAUACCGGUUCGAAUUUUAGUUUUUAGUAUUAUUAUCAUUGGGGUUGUCUUGUUUAGGAAAGAAAAACUUUUGUAAGUUACAGUUUGAAUCUAUUGGCUCCUAGCUUUAUAUUCUAGUCAUUUGGUAA